CACUUCGCAGAACUACAAUUAAUGCAUUAAUAAAUUGAAAGACUAAAGCUCCGCUAUGUGAGAUAUUAUCAAAAGCUUCACUAAUGAGCUUGCUCCCUCAUAAAUCUGUUACAGAGCCAGGUUAUGUGUGAGCUGACCUCAGAUGACAGACUUCCUGUUCACAACAUGCAGUAAAUCCCUCCCAUUUGUCUCACUCUCGGGCCAAGAAAUAGUGUAAAUGUCUCAAUUGCAAACAAUAGUUUAAGAUUUUGGCCCAAGCAGCAUGUAAAAUAUCACAGUAAAACACAAAAACACACAAAUAGUCACACACUAGGAGGUGGCAUCACGGAUCUGUCAACGCACCUUUGAUGAUAAAGGACAAUACACUUAUUUUAUGGUACAAUACACCUAAAAGAUAAAGCUGGUGCUGCCCUAUAUUUUUCCCUUGAAAAGACCAAAACCAGCAUUGUGUUAUAGUCCAUCUCUCAAUGCUGCCUUACUUCACUUCACCCUGUCUGUGACACUCGGCCCCAAAUCCAGUCCUGUCUACUGAAGACACGCAUCUUUAAAAACAUGUAACAAAUAUACAGUUUUAUUUAUAUAAAAAAGCUGUUAUAUGUGAUUAUUUUCCAAAGCAGUUGGUUUUAAGCGGAUGUUACUUAAACAGGAGUUAAACUGUGCAUUUGUUGGAGCUAACAGGAUGGUUAUAUGUGAUUGCCUUAAAGAUAAACUACAAUCCCCAUGUUGUGUAUAUAUAUAUAUAUAUAUAUAUAUAUACCGCAAAUAUGGAAGUCAAAAAAAGAUAACACAAAUAUAUUUUUAGUGUCCAAAUAUAACUAUAAAGAAUAACAGAUGAGGUUAUGUAAAUGCCAUUAGACACAGCAGAAUGACCCGGAGAAACACAGAGGCUACACUAUCAUGUAGAACAGGAUCAGCCAUUGACAAUCAAGGAAGUCACUAUAAAGAUUUACAUCCCAUAUCAGUGCGGUCAUAAAUUAUAGCACAACAUAUUUCAAACUCAUCAUUAAAGCCCUUCGACUGUGAGGAGUCCAGGUUAAGUUAUCAUGUGGAUAAAUUUUGAAACAUUAUUAAACACAUGAAAAAUGUUUAUCAUUAUGUAUGAGAGGAUGAAUGUGGCAACGAAUGAGAUACUUACUUUAAAAAAAAAAAAAAAAAAAAAUCAUAAUGAAGAGGAAGGACAGAGCAGAAGAGGAGAUAUGACUCGCUCUCCCUUCUCCUCCACCACCUCUCUCCCUCCACUUUUGUACCGCUGCCUUCUGCCUUAUCCGUUCAUCCCCCCCUCGGCCACUUCCCUCGCCGUCGCCCUGACAGCAUCAUUAACCCCCAUGUGAUUCUGGCUGCUGGGGGCUACGCAUACACACACACACACAUGUACGCACAUACAUCAACACAGGAAGUAUACCAACACAUUUACAGUCAUAAAAUACUGAAAGUUUUUUCACAAUCACAAGUCAGGUGGUGUCACCGGGAGCUGGGCAGUGGCACAACUUCCUUUGGCUGCUAUGUGACGGCCUAUAUGGUGAUAUAACAUGUUCAACCAAAUAUUAAUUUAAAAGUAGGCAAAUCCCUCAAGUAAGCCAAGAGGAUUUUUGAAUCUGAUUGAUUAGAUAAGAGUCUCCACAAGCACACAGCUCCUUUCAGCAGCACAAAAAAAGGCUUUUAAAAGCUUUCUCGAGGGCUUGUAAAUCCUGCGCCUCUUAUGACACUCAUAUGAUGCAUGAAGCUGACACUGGUUAAUUGUUAGCGACCUCUCUAAAUUAAUUGCUCAUUCAAGAUGACUGGUUUAAUUGUGACUGAAGUUAUGAAAUGAUUUUGGCGGGGUUGUUUGGCUGAAAGAUGAAAACCAUAAGAAGGUUUAGUGAGGGAGAAAGUCACAGUUUUGUUUUUUUUUUUGCACGCUUUUAGUUGCAAAAACAUUUAUUGUCUCGUCACUCUGGCUGAGUGGGCUCCAUUAAGAUCAUGUCACUGUUAAGUUAAAUAUAUUAUUUCCAUAUUUUUAGUCCGUGUGACAGCGCAAGGAGGAAUGCUAACUGAAAAUUAGUUAUGUGUCACCUGAACACAUCAUACCAGUUUGUCUCCUUUUGCUGCUCACCGUCAUUCCCUCCUCCGCUGAGAGGCUCAAGCCCAAGACACCGCUUCAGAAUCAACUUUGACCUUUGACCCGUGUCGAUGUUGGCACUUUAAGGUCAAGCUGCUAGGUCAAGUUGAACCUGCUAUACUUCCCUUUAUUCCAGCAUAGAAAUCCUGCAUGAUGGAUAUGUGGGAGGUAGCUGCUGCUCAGUGGUCAAGAGCACUUUGGUCAGCUUAUUCAUGUGAAAGUGAGGGAUCAACUGCACCAAAAAAUAUGGAAAGUUGAAUUACCACAAAAAAGUGUAAACGCUAUAAAUGUAGCCUUUAAAGAGACACCAGCAAAGUUCAAAAGCUUUCUGAAGAGUUUGAGGACAUUGUUUCUUUUUUAAAAAUGAAAUUUGGUCAACAUCCUAAAGGGUCACUUCACCCAAAUCAUGUCUAAAUUUAUUUUUAAGACAUCUUUCUCUGAGAUUUCUGCAGCAGAGUGAAGGUGAAUAGGAAUUUAAUUUGAGAUGCUCACAGCACUUAGACAGACACUUUAAAUAUUCAGCAGCAGCAGCAGCACCACAUCUGUCCAUGUUACUCUGGAUGAUUAUUCCACACUCGGUGAGUAGAAAAGGCAGGUGUCUCAAAAACCUGCACGGGCACAUUAAUACCAGAACUCGCAAUCAACGUGUCUAGGUAGCACUAGAUGUAACAAUGGCCAGGAUUUUUGGAAAUACUGUGAGUGCAAAUCCUCCCACAGCAGAGAAAGCUUUCUAGAUUGAUUUCCUGCAGACUCUCACACCUAAUCGUUUUAGAUGAGAGUUUUUCCUUGACCUGUUCACAGGGAAACUCUGCAUUGGGUGUUUGUUUCCUGGUGCUGCUAGUGUGAAUUUUUAAGUGCUCUUCCGGCUGCCAUUGGUUGUUAUGACAGGUGUCUCUUGUUGACUAAUCAGUCUAAUUCCUAUGUUUUACCACCACCUCCUUGUGGCCUGAUGUCCGUCUGACAAGCAGCGUGCUAAGAAAGGACCCAGCCUGAAACAUCCCGUGCAUUGAAUAAUGUUUUCUGCGUAAAUCACAGUGCCCAGUCUUUUCACUUUAUCUUCUAAAUGCCUUGAACUUCCAGCUAUUUGAAUGUUUGGUUGCAAAACAAACAAACAAACAAACAAACAAAUUUUGUUGUUAUUAUUGUUAUUAUUAUUAUUAUUAUAUUAUUAUUAUCUGUUUGGUUCACAAGGGUUGAUUUCAACUUUUUUUUCUAAGGGGGAAUGGUAACCUAAAGCAUAGUAAAGUGGGGUUGUGUUUAAAGUCACGCAUACGUGGGAAAACCAGGGAAAACUAUAACCACUCAGGUGUCAUUGACCAAGGCACUGGCGAAGUGAAGCAGGAUGAAAGUGUUUUAACAGGAGGCAUUUCCUAUGUGCAUAAAGUAAACUCUAUUAAUGGCAUGCGUUGAACUGACCUCCUGGGCCACGUGUUUGAACAUCUGCAUUUCUCAGAUACCCCUAGACAUUUAGUGAAGAGGCAUUGGGCUAUUUCAGCCCGCUCAUAUCUCCUCCAGCCCCUCCCUCCCCGACAUGCAGCUGGCUGUGAGUUGCCUGAGGUAUAGACCAGUGCGGCAGCGGCGUCGACACCAUCAGAUGAGCUUUGUUGCUUCGGGGGUCAGGCCGUGUCACAGCUUCCGGCACUGGGUCGUCAAGUUCACGAGCAUGCAUGCAGACGAGCCGCAGAAAAACAAGGCGAGCCGCGUCAUCAUCCGUCCAUGUGUGUAAGCCUGUGUGUGUCACGAGGCAAAUGCCUUCACUUAACCGCUCGUGAAGAUGUCUGUCACUGUCUUCAUCUUUCAAAGUCUUACUCUGAAGUGUUUAAAUGAAUGAAACCGAAUAUGUUAUUGGUGAACUCAAUUCUUUGUCAUCUUGUCAAUUAUUGCAUACUACUUUAAUGUAACCAGAUUUGUCCCCACUGUUAUUUAUUUGUCUUUUGUCUCUUCCUCUCUUGUGUAAUCUUGUUUUUGUUUGAACUGGGCUGUUUACAAGAUCUGUCUGUCAGCCAGUCCCUCAGCCUCGGUGUCUGCGCUCCUCAGUUUGUUGACAUCCUGAUGUUGGCCAGUGCAAAGCACAGACACUGCAAAUCCCGUCUCGUCCCGUAGAUAACAAAUCAUCACAGUUCCGUGUUUUACACGAUGAGCUGACCUGAGUGAUUUGUGUCUGUUUGGCUGUGAGUCAAACCCUGCUUUGUAGUUCACAUGAUUUAAGAAGUCUCCUGUAAUACAGCUGCUGUGAAGCGAAAGGCAGAUCUGCGGUUGGGCCUGACCCCAGUGGCCGUGGAAUGUAUUCUUACUGAUAAAAAUAUAAAAAUGGACAAGUGGAAAAACAAAUAUUGUUUGUGAUGGCAAGUGAUGAAAACAGGGAAAUCCCUGUAGUUCACAAUGUCAUGGUGGAUUCUGGAGGUCCAUAUUUGGCUUCUCAUGUUCCCAAAGACUCGCAGAUUUUUCAUAGAUAACAAACACACACAGUUUUGCAUCAGUUUUGCAGCCAGAAAUUUCCACCUCAGUGGAAGUGCUGUGUGUUUCAUUUCAUUCAUGUGCAUUUACUUGUAAAUCAUAUGAAACUGAGAUUGGAUAUAUCUCCUCUUUGAGGUACAGGUGUUGUUUGUGUCCUCAACUUCACUCUCAGGACAAUUUAUCUACUGAGCUGUCUGAUUGGUCCUGGGGAGCAGUGAUGUCACAGCCUGAUUUGACGAUCCCGGCCGGUGCAGCAGCUCGCGCAGGCUUGAGGGCGAGAGAAGAGCCCCAGAUGGAGGUGGCGCGCGACGGGGGUAGAGCUGUGGGCUCGUGAGACAGCGACACACUGGAAAGGCUUGCUUGCACUGCGUUGAUGAACUCGACCUGGUCCCGCACACAGCGCAGCAGCCCGUCAUGGGGGACGGUGGCGCGUCCUCGCCGGUGAACUUCCAGAAUGGCACGGGGAGCGAGGCGUCGGACGCCCCGGGGUCCUCCGCGGACGCGUCCGAGCAGUGGAUGGCGGGGAUGAGCCUGGUGAUGGGUUUGAUCGUCCUGUGCAUUGUGUUCGGGAAUAUCCUGGUCAUCGUGGCUAUAGCCAGGACGCAGAGGCUGCAGACGCUCACCAAUGUGUUCAUCGUGUCACUGGCGAGCGCGGACCUCAUCAUGGGGUUGCUGGUGGUGCCGUUUGGCGCCGCGCUCGAGGUGCGCGGUUCGUGGCUGUACGGCUCCUUUUUCUGCGAGUUUUGGAUCUCCGUGGAUGUCCUCUGCGUCACCGCCAGCAUCGAGACCCUGUGCGUUAUCGCCAUUGACAGGUACGUGGCCAUCACCUCGCCUUUCCGCUACCAAAGCUUGCUGACCAAAGCUCGGGCCAAAGCUGUGGUGUGCAUAGUCUGGGCAAUCUCUGCGCUCGUCUCCUUCCUGCCCAUCCUGAUGCACUGGUCCCGGGACAGCGUGGACACAGCCUGCUACGAGGACCCCGAGUGUUGCGACUUUGUCACCAACAGGGCAUAUGCCAUCUCCUCAUCCAUCAUAUCUUUUUACAUUCCUCUACUGGUCAUGAUAUUUGUUUACGCCCGCGUGUAUAGAGAGGCGAAAAAACAGCUGAGGAAAAUCGACAAGUGCGAGGGCAGGUUUCACAACACCUUAACCGGACUGACCUCCAAGUGCAAGAAGAGGCCGUCUAAAAUCCUGGCGCUCAGGGAACAGAAAGCACUCAAAACACUCGGCAUCAUCAUGGGGACGUUCACCCUGUGCUGGCUGCCCUUCUUUAUAGUCAACGUCGUGCGGGUCUUUUGCGCCGAGGUGGUGGACAAGGACCUUUUCGUGUUCCUAAACUGGCUGGGGUACGUGAACUCGGCGUUUAACCCCAUCAUUUACUGUCGGAGCCCGGACUUUAGGAAGGCUUUCAAGAGGCUGCUGUGCUGCCCGAGGCAAGCCGACCGCAGGCUGCACAUCAGCUCCUGCGACCUGACUCGGUGCUCCGGCGGGUUCGUGUCCUCUCUGGAGCCCGGCACUCUGGGGAUAUGGUCGGAUUGCGCCGGCUUGGACAACAGUGACAGCAGCCUGGUGGGGACCGCAAAGCUGUCUCACUCUGAAUCACAGCUAUGAGGGAAAACAUUCAACUUUUGUUGAGGUGGAUUACAACAGCCUGGAGGAAAGAUGCGUACAGCAGCGGGCGUUGACUCCUUUUAGCUUGUGCGUCUUUUGGGGGAAGAGCUGUACCUUACAUUAGAGCCUAAGUGGGUCGAUUUUUUUGAUUUGCAUCAGAGAAAGCAAACAUCAAAUCAUUAGACGUAUCUGGAAGCCAUAUUUCCCUUUUUCAUAAAAAAAAAAGAAGAAAAAAAAAAAAGGCAUCGGGGCCAAUGAUGUUUCCAAGAUGCACCAAAUAAGUUAAAGAUACAGAUAAUACCGACUUUAAAAUCCAGUUCGCUAAAUCUGAAUGAACCAUAACGGUUGUAUGCACUUUGCCAUAAAACAGGUGUCAGUGAAUUGACACUUCUGCCAAAGAGCGCUCAGACGCUCCAGUGGUUUGUUCCUGAUGUUUUUUUUGUUUGUUUGUUUUUUUGGGUUAUUUCUUAUUCUGUUGGGUCAGCUGUUCAUUAUAUAUUCAGGAAGUUAAUGUAUUAAGGGGAGGUGGAUGUCUUGUAAGUUAACCCAGGUUCGUGAUGGGUCACAGUUUAAUCUUGAAACGAGGCGCAGUGUAAUAAAAAGUGGUUGUUAUUUAAAAGCAUUGGACAGGAGCGAGGCAUUUGUCGAAGUGACUGUACUGUAGUCAUGUAGUGCUCACAAUGUGUUUUUACCUCACAGCCAUCGGCAAGUGCAAUUUGUACGACAGGUAUUUGUUUAUAUUAAACAUUGAUGUAAAAUAGACGUGUAUUUAUUCCGCGCUGUCUUUUACAACUACGCAAGUAACCGUGGGGCUGAAUCCCACGAACCUUUGUAUAUAUGUAUCGUAGUAGGCCUAUGUGGUGUUUAGUACUGAAGUGAGGAAUUUGAGCCUCAUCCUUUGUCUUUCUCAUUUAAGCUUUUACAUGCUGUUGUGAGGUGGUGUGUCGACUCCUGUGAAAUAAAAGGAAGUGUCAUUGUUAAUUACUGUUUGAGCUUUAUUCGGAAUUUUAUUAUUUUUAAUUAUUUCAUUUUUACAAAUAAUUUACAAGGAAUAAAAUCAAAUCUCGUGGUAAAAACAGCAGGACAUGUAGAAGUAAACGGUUGGACAGGAUUUGUGCAGACAUGAUGGGAUGUUAAAGUCUCCUAUGUGCUGGACUUGCUGAGAGCAACUGGAAUUUGAUUGGCUUUCUGUGGAGAGAUGAGCCAUGUAAUGUGAUUUCUUUUUCUUUUUUUCUUUUUUUUUAGACAAUGGAUUUCUACACAUUCAUGCACAGUGGGUUAAUAACGUUUUUGUAUUAAGUGUUUACAUGUUUGCCAUGCAUUUUUUUUCAAGGUAAACAUCUGGGUUAUUUUAAGCAAUGUGCACAUGCAUUAUAGACACAUGAGGAACUGAACUGCAUUGUGGUUGGGUUGAUACCAUUUUCUUAAAAAAUAGUAAUUCUCUUAAUUAAAAAAAAGAAAAAGCAUUGUAAGUGCUUCUCAUUCAUAUUAAAUUGCACUACUUGAUGAAUGUAUUUGUUGUAUCUCACUAUCUUAAAUGCAUAUUACCCCAGAUAAAA